CAUGCAGAAGCUGACAUAGCAAUACUAUAGAAAACAAAUUUUGACAGAGAUAUAAAGGCGUUGUUUUUUAUACCAUUCACAUUCUCAAUGCCUUUGAGUACUUUGCUGAUGAAAGAAACAGCAGUGCUAUAAGUCUGAAAACUCUCCAGAGAAGCUUUUAAUUGGGUUUUAUACUUUUACUGAAGUAGGUGUAUUCUGAGAAUUGUCUGUAAAAGGAUUAGUUGUUGUGUUCUGGGCACCAUUGCAAGGCUGGUCCAUGCUGUUCAAUUUUCAGCUCCAGUGUGGUGACUGCAUUUGAUGGUGCUGCCAGCAUCUUAGUCAGCUUGACAGAGACAGAAUAACUCAACAGUGAUGAUUUGAUAGAUCAAAAAUGUCUGAUUCUAAGAAAACUGGGGGUGUUUGAGUAGCUCAGUGGUUAAACUGAAAGUGUAAUAUAAAAGGUUUGGGGGGGGACCCCAAAUAUGUUGGUGUUUUGAAAAAUACCAGCUGGAUUCUGUUUCAUGUCAAAAGACAGAGCCCUAAAAUCAAAGGUAUUUUUAUUUGAUUCCUGUCAGUGUCAUGUAUAUAUAAUACUGAUAAUUCCUGAUAUGUGAGUUCCUGGGAGCGCAGAAGAGCAGCUGGAAGAGAGGAGUGAGCACUGUAUGCUCACUAUACGCUCUGUAUAAAAGCUCUGCAGACAUACCUGGGAAACCUUGGGAAUCCAGCUUUGAAAUGCUUACACAAAAGUACUACCAAAAAUAGUCACUUCAGACAAAACAGCAGUUUGUUCAGAUUGAUCUGAACACAGUAACCAGCAAGUCCUGAGUACCACCACCCAGGAGACAGCUCUGGAGCUCUCCUAGUCGUCUGAAUACAGUCUGCCAUUGCAGGACAGCUUCCGUACACGUUUCCACAAGGACCUGACCCUGGACAGGAGGUGCUACUGAGAGUGCUACUGCUUUCCCGUACUCUCUCCUUUCUGUCGUUGUCCUUAGCUGAUGAUCUCUUCAGGUGUCUACACUAAUUUGUUCCUACUGCUUGUGUCAGGUAAUACCUGAACAGAGAUGAAAGAAUCACAACCUGCCCUGGCUUUAUCUUUGGAGGAAGCACUGCUUUUGGGAUGCAAGGGAUAGUGGUGUAACAGCACAAGACUUUCUGCUUUAGCACAAGCUCGGGCAGCAGCCCUGUCACCAGAAGAAACAGCCCUGCAGAAAGGUUGCUUCAGUGCUUACACAUGCAGUUGUGUUUAAGCGAGCCAUACAUUUAUGCAUGUAUAUGUAUUUGUACAUGCAGAAGAUAAGGCACGCUGGGACCUUCCAGUGGAGACUGGUGUGCUCCCUCUGAUGUUUUGUGGUCAACAGGGUUUUAAAAAAAAAGGCAGAAAUUGAAAGGCCAAUGAAAAAACGUGGUUAAUUGGAUGUGAAAGGUGCUGUCCUUGUUUGGACUGUCUGUUAAUGGUAUGACAAGCUCUGGUAAAGAGCUUAGCUGGCCAGAUUAAAAUUAAAAAAUUGUGUCAGUCCAUCUGCUAGCUCCAAGGAGUUUACUUUGAUCACCUUUUCUUGUUUCUUCACUGAAGCGGAAUACUGUCUUUGAAAAGAACAUUCCCAGGAUGUCUUGGUUGACUUGUUUUACCUAAUGUUUUCUCCAAAGAUAAUAAUAUGUGACGUCAAGACAUUUUCAAGAAGGGCAAUGCUCUCGGUUGGUUCAAGGCUACCUUAAAGACAACAGCUCUUUUGCUAGAAGGGAUUCUUCUUUUUUUCCUUUUUUUUGUACACAAAGAAGUAUGUUUGGCUUAAUUUGGAAAAUCUUUCUUUGCCUUCCGGGAAUGAUUAACACCGAUCUUCAAAUAGUUGCAGCAAAAGUUUAUUCAGCUACAGGAGGACAGGCUAAAGGUGUUUCACCAACCCCUGAGCUCAGUGGCUGGCAGUUGGCAAACCCUUCUCUGCCUCCUGAGUUGAAAAAGCCCAGUGGCAUCAUGGAGCCUGAACAGUUCAACAGGCAUUUGCUGUUACGAAGGAAGAGAUCCAUUCUGUUUCCCAGUGGAGUUAAGAUCUGCCCUGAUGAAUCUGUUGAGCAGGCUAUUGCCAACCACCUGAAAUAUUUCAGGCUCAGAGUGUGUCAGGAAACAGUCUGGGAGGUCUUCAAAACAUUCUGGGACAGGCUGCCAGAGCGUGAAGAAUAUAAUACCUGGAUGAGCCUGUGUGAGGAAGGAAUUAUGAGUAUCUUUGAAAUGGGCACAAACUUCAGUCAGUCGGAGGAGCACCGGAGUCUGAUUGAGAAGAAACUGUCCUAUAUAAAGGAAGCAAUGGGCAGCUCCUGCACUGAUUGGGCAUGUGGUGGGACUCCAACUCCAGCUUCGGAUGCUGAUGUUACCACACUGAGAGAUGCAGCUGCCAAUGUUCCUCCCCCUGAUGAGAUCUCCAUUGAGAGUCCUCCGGGUGCUACCAUCGAGGAGGUAGAUGGUAUAGACACCACAAUCAAUAAUGAGAUAAAGACGCAGGAUGAGAAGCUAGUGAGACCUGUAAGUGAGCAGAUGAUUGAGUUCAGCAUUUUGAUUGCUGGUGAAAAGUACUGCGAGGAGCUGAAGGACCCAGCUACUGCAGAGCAUCAACUGCUGUCUGAACGAUUCAUUUCUCAGAUUAAAAGUGUAUUUGAAGGACUACCUGGAUACAGAAACAUCCAAGUCCUGGAUUACAGCCCUUCCAAGGAAGACAGUGGGGUGGAAGUUCACUAUGCUGUUACAUUUGAUGGAAAAGCCAUCAGCAAUGCCACCUGGGACCUGAUUAACCUCCAGUCCAACAAGGUGGAGGACAACUCCUUUAUGGGCAUAGAGGAUAAUCCAACAGUUGUGUACACCAUCAGUGAUUUCCAGGAUUAUAUUGCUGAAAUCCUCCAGAAAAAUGCUUUGCUUGAAAACACUUCCUUGUCUUUAGACCCUAACUCUCUCCAGCUCACUAAUGUGAAAGAAAUACUACACCCCACAUCAGAAUACCCACCCUGGAUUACUGAGCAUCCAGUUGUGCUGGAGCGCCCGGAGUUCGAUGACAGCACCUUUGUAGCUGAACGUCCCUCAGCGGAUGAAUCAACAGUCAGCAAUGCCGUGCCCUUCGAUUACACCAAACCAGACUCUGCUUCAGAGAGUGAAAUCCAGCCAAGACCAGGAACCCUGGACUUGGAGGCUGGUUUGGCACCUGAAGCUCCACUCUCCUCAGAGGCUGAUGACACUUCUUUACCUGAUGGGCUGAAUUUAGAGGAUGGGAGUCAGACUCCUCAUUUGGUCCCUGCACCAGUGUUAGAGCAUGAUUCUGAGGACUCUCUGGAUUGGUUUUCACCCCCCAGUUCUUUAGAUGUUGAAGAUACUGGACCAUCUGAAGAUCUUUUGCCUUCAAGUCCCUCUCACCUUGUGCCUGAAGAAUUUCCAUCUACAGAUGAUUAUGCAGUUCCUCUGCUUCCUGCACCAACAGUGGCCUCUUCAUCAGUCAUAGAGACUGAUAUUAAAGAAAUAGUAUCUGCUGAGAAGGAAGAAGAAACUCAAGGUAGUCCUGAGGGCAGUGACAGUGCAGACUCUGUGGAAGAAAUUCCUUUUCCCUUAGAAGUGCCCCCUAUGGAAGAUGAAACUGAUAUGUUUCUUGGAGAUAGAGUUAUAUAUGAUGAUGGGUCUGGUUCAGCUUUUGAUGGUUCAGGAAAAGAAAUGGAAUCAAGUAUCUGGCCUUGGGAAGAAGCAACAUUGGAACCAGUUUUCUACCCUGGUCCUGAUAGCUGGCUUGAAGAUGACAAUGAGUCUUUGUUAACCAAAACUGAGGAUAUUCCUGAAGGCAUGAUCUUAGACUAUAUCCUUAACUCUGAGAAUAAAUUAGAUUAUGAUCCUUCCAAAGAUGAGAAUGAACGUAUAGUCAAUAUAAAAGAUUUCCUUGAUGAGUCUGAAAUAUUUGUCUUUCCAGAAACUACAACUCCGCCAGUACCUCUGUUACAGACAGAAGAGCCAUCAUCUGUGGAACCAUCUACACAGGCAGAAACACCGGGCAUGUAUGAUUCCUCUUUUGUUAAACCAUCCUUGGUUUUGGAGCCUUCAGUGGAUCAUUCCGCUGUAGACAUGCCAACCAGAGAGGUGCCUGUCUCACCACAGUACACAGAUCUGUCUGUGGAAGAUCAUCUACUUACAUCUACAGGGACUGUCAGUAUGGAGCAACCUGAAGAGUCAAGCAUAGAUCAGAACAUAAUUUCUGAAGAAACUGAACAGCAAAAGGAAGACAGGACAAUGGUAGAAGAACUAUACACAGUGAAGCAGCCAGAUGUAAUGGAAGCUGCUACAAUAGGACACUUGGACACAAGCUCUUCAGGAACCAUUCUGACUGCGGGUCCUUCCAUGAUAAAGCCUGAUGCUUCCACAGAAGAGCAGCAAGCCCUAGAUUCAUCAUUGGCAGGCCAAGACACUACUGGGUCAACAGUGAAGAGACCAGCUGAUGUUUGGCCUACUGACAGAACACUAGAAACCUCCUUAGAUCAGGCAGUGCAAUUAGCAACGCCAGCUGCCCCUCAAGUUUCAACUGCAGUUCCUUCUGUAAUAGAUCAGACCACUGUCCUGGAAGACUUCGCUGGGCAGGGUGGUACAGACCACGUUUCCAUGAGCUUCAGCACUGCUGUGAAGUAUGAAACAGUGAGAGUAACAAGCCCUGCUGAGCUUCCAUCCCAUCUCCCUCCUGUGGGAUCCACAACGUCAUUGUCUGUGGCUGCCUCAACAAAGCUGGGGGAUGAAGCGACAAGAGCCCUGGAUGUUUCAGUAGACCUGGAUCGUGUGAGCACUGUCCACUUUUUUCCUGAGCAGACUGAGGAGGGAAGGAGAAUGACCGAAAGUCACAUGGAGCUAACAACUCGCAUCCAGUCCACAGAGAUGGCCAGUGUGGCUUGGGCCACACACGAAACUCACUACAGCAGUACUGUCCCGUCCCGAGCUCUAGUUGUGUUUUUCAGUCUUCGGGUUACCAACAUGAUGUUUUCAGAGGACCUCUUUAAUAAAAACUCCCCUGAAUACAAAGCAUUGGAACAGCGAUUCUUGGAACUGCUGGUACCCUACCUUCAGUCAAAUCUGACGGGAUUCCAGAAUCUGGAAAUCCUGAACUUCAGAAACGGCAGCAUUGUGGUAAACAGCCGAAUGAAAUUUGCCAAACCUGUGCCUCGGAAUGUCACCAAUGCUGUGUACUUGAUCCUGGAAGACUUCUGCAACACUGCAUAUCACACCAUGAACCUGGCCAUCGAUAAAUACUCCCUGGAUGUGGAAUCGGGUGAGCAGGCAGAUCCCUGCAAGUUCCAGGCCUGCAAUGAAUUCUCCGAGUGCUUAGUAAAUCGCUGGAGUGGAGAAGCUGAGUGUGUCUGCAAUCCUGGCUACCUGAGCAUUGACGGGCUGCCGUGCAACAGCAUUUGUGAUCUGCAACCAAACUUCUGCCUGAAUGAUGGGAAGUGUGACAUAAGCCCUGGGCAGGGGGCCAUCUGUAGGUGUCGUGUGGGAGAGAACUGGUGGUACAGAGGGGAGCACUGUGAAGAAUAUGUGUCUGAGCCACUGGUUGUGGGGAUUGCAAUUGCUUCUGUGGCAGGAUUUCUUCUUGUGGCAUCUGCUGUCAUCUUCUUCUUGGCCAGGACCCUGCGAGACCAGUAUACAAAGAGUGACAGCGGUGACUCACAGGGGCAGGGUGACAGCCUCUCGUCCAUUGAGAAUGCAGUUAAAUACAACCCCAUGUAUGAAAGUGAUACGACUGGCUACAGCCAUUAUUACCGGAGAUAUCCUCAGCUAACGUCCUACAGUUCUACCAGUGCAGAGACAUCCACAGACUACAGCAGUGAAGAGAUCAGGCACAUUUAUGAAAACAGUGAGCUUACUAAGGAGGAGAUUCAGGACAGAAUUCGAAUUAUAGAGCUCUACGCUAAGGAUCGUCAGUUUGCAGAGUUUGUUAGGCAGCAUCAAAUGAAGCUGCUUUAAGAAAAAAAGAAAUUGAUAGAAUACACGUGGGAGAUAAAGACUACCUUGUUGCCACAGCAAUGUGCUCAGAUGUAACUGCAAAGUUACUUAUAGUCUUAACAUUGCAUGGAUGGAUACAGAUGUUUUCUAAAUGAAUGACUAAAAUGUACAGAUGUCUGUUUAUCUCAAUUACUUCUGGCUUUUCCGUGUAAAGUGACGUUUUUGAGAGGUGAUCAGAAGUGGCAGAGGUUACGAAAGUUCAUUUUUCUUUAACUCCAAAAUGGACAGUGAAAGUUUUGUACACAAAGGCAAAAAAAAAAAAAUCUCCUCGGGUAA